UAUAUAUACGUCACUUUCUCCGUUUCCGACGCACGUUGACGGUUGUUCAGAAAUUAACUAAAGCUAACACAGAAAUCCACACUUUCUCAUGGCUAAUGGAUGCCAAGAAGUGCUUUUUACACGCGGAACUGGGCAGAGUGAUGAUUCAGAUAUAUGGGAUGACACCGCACUGAUAAAGGCAUAUGACAAGGCUGUUGCAUCGUUCAAGACCGCCCUUAAAAGUGAUGAAGAACCACAGGCCUCCAAGAAAAACCAACCAGGAAAAAAACGCAAGAACAACAAAAAGAACCAGAGCAGGAAAAGAACAAAUGCACCACCAGAUAAAGGGUGGAACGUUGGAGACUCUUGCAGUGCUUACUGGUCAGAGGAUGGCCAGCUUUAUGCAGCGACCAUCACCUCUAUAGACCAGAAGAAGGGCACUUGCGUUGUUGUUUAUACGGGCUAUGGCAAUGAGGAGGAGCAGAAUCUCGAAGACCUGCUCUCAGAGAUUUCUGAGGCUGAUGAAGAAUCAAAUACCAAGGUAAAUGAGGCAGAAUCAUCUACAGAGGAGAGUGACAGGUCAACUACACCAAGUCAACUCAAACACCAGCCACACACUAAAACGCAUAAAUCCAAGACCCACAAAGAACCUCCUCCUAUGUGGUCUCCUGGAUUCCCUGGGUUUCCCCCAGGUCCACCUCCAAUGCAUGCUUUCAGACAGGGGGACAGUAAGCGAUCUGGUAGCCAUGGACCUGUACCUCCUUCCUGGCCUCCCAUGAUGCCUUCUGGUCCACCUAUGACCCCUCCACCUCCACCUAUGAGUCCUGACAUGGUGGAUGAUGAAGCUUUGGGUAGUGUGCUCAUAUCCUGGUACAUGAGUGGAUAUCACACUGGAUACUAUCUGGGGUUAAAACAAGGACGCAAAGAAGCUGCCAAGUGGACAAAACUCCACCACAAAUGAAAUAAUUAACUCAUUAUUUUGUUAGUCAUUUUGGACGUCUCAUGGAGCUGCAGCCAUCCAGUCUGUUCUGAUGUGCGUGUGUCCUUCGGAAGAAAAAAGUGCUUUUGACCAGAAAGAAAAAAAAAAAGUUUUGUAUUCUUUGUAAAUAGAUUAAAUAAAGGCUAACAGAACAAUUUGUUUGUUAAAGAAAUUAUUUUCUAUGUUAGUUUUUCUAUUUUUUUUUUUUUUUUUUGUCCCAGACUCUAGCAUAUUGUAUCAUAAAGCACAAUCAAGUUGCAGGGUUUCAUUUUCUUUAAA